UAUAUCAUUAGUUUUAUUGGAUUGACUUUCACAUAAACUUUUAAUUAGACUCUUUACUUCGUUAUUUAAAUUGUUGAAAAUAGUUUUCCCCAUGUAAUUAGGAGAAUUUCUAGAACUAGUUAAUAAAGUAUAUGACGGUUUAAUGUAUUUUCCUGUUCUUCUGUCUAUUAUUUCUAUAGCAUUGAGUGUAUGGUUCUGUAUGGAUUUAACUAAAAUUUGCCUAAUGUAUAAUUUAUAAAUAGAUAAUAUAUUAGUAUGGUUGAAUAAUUCAUCUGAUAGAUAUUUUAAUGGUAGGGAGUAUGCUACUUUUACAAUCAUUUUUUGUGUAGUGUGCAACGUAUUGAUAUCAGUUCUGUUGGUGCCUCCCCAACAUGUUAUGCUGUAUAGUAGAAUCAAAUUACACAGUGCCAUGUACAUUUGUCUUAUAAUUGAUUUAUCAAGGAAUCAAAUUUUAAAAUAAUGCGGUUAAGCUUAUUUUUGAUAUUAAUAUUAUGUAUGUGUUCUGACCAUUUUAGGUUAAAUUCCAAUGUCACUCCUAAAUAUUUGAAUGAUAAUACCAUUUUAAUUGGUUUGCAACUACAAUUUGUCAUACCAGUUCCACAUUUUUGUAUGUAUUAUACAUUUAUAUCCAACAGGUAGCUGUGAACGUAUAGUAACUAUUGGCAUGCUAACCGAUUUGUUUAUGUUAAGUGAUAACAGAUUUUUUUCCAUCCAGUCAUAGAUAUACCGUAAAUCAAUUUCGAAAGUAUGUUUCAAUUUUUUCCAAUUAUCUUCGAAAUUAACUAGUGCUAUGUCAUCGGCGAACAUGAAUAAUUUACCUUUUAAUAAAGAUGCAGACUCUAUGGAUUGCAUAAAAAAAAAUGUGGAUACUUUGUUUUUAAAAGCAGAUAAUAUGAAACCAGAAGAAUUAGAAACUAAUUUUAAAGCAAUCAUGAAAGAAGGAGAAAAAUCUGUUGAACAAUCUGAGGAAAAAGUUACGUUGGCUAACCAUAUGCAUGACCUUAUGUCAAAAUAUUUGAGACGGUUAGAUCAUGAGUUACACAAAUUUAAAAUGGAACUAGAAGCUGAUCAUAGUGGCAUCACUGGACUUAUUGAAAAAAGAAGUUUGGAUUCAGAACAAAGUAAUAUUAUAAUUCCCAAUCAAAAAGAAAAUAAAUAUCAAUUGAAUAGAUGUCUUUUUGGUGACAAACAAGAAGCAUUAAAUCAUGUUAGCACUUCCAAACAAAAAUCAACUUCAAUAGCUUCAAAUUCUACUAGCAGUGGUGAUGUAGCAUCUCCUUCACGGCGUGAUACAAGUCCCGCAAACUCUCGAAUGGUUUCAUCUUCAUUAGCAUACACAUUGGGACAUAUGGGAGCUGGAAGUCCUGCAAUUGCAGCAGCUGCAUCCCAAGCUAUUGUUGCUACUCAACAAUUGUCUCAAGGUCGUAGGACAGCUAGUCUAAAAGCAUCCCUUGAAGCAAUUAAUUCUGGUGCUACAUUGACAGGUCAAAUGAGUUCUGCUUCUGGUGUUCUACCAUCAGAAUUGCCUAUUAGUAAAGAAUUAGCAGGUGUUGCACAUUUAGUAAAUCCAAAUAUAGAUGGAACUAGAAAACAUAGAAGGCGAGGUGGUACUCAAAAUUCACAGAUGUCAACUGAAGAAGAUGUGGAUGAACCAAUUGAUCCCAAUGAACCUCGUUAUUGUAUAUGUAAUCAAGUUGCUUAUGGUACAAUGGUUGCUUGUGAUAAUAAAGGGUGUCCAUAUGAAUGGUAUCAUUGUGAAUGUGUCGGUAUAACAGAUCCACCGAAAGGUAAAUGGUAUUGUCCUCAAUGUAUUACAACAAUGAAGAGUCGUAGAUCACGAAAAACUACAUGAAUGGUUAUGCAUUUAUUUAAAACUAUUAUUGUGUACUUAUUUAUAUAUUUUUUUAGCUAAAUAUAAUUAUUGAACCCAAUCUUUUUUCAAAACAAAAUGUAAAUUUACAAUACAUUUUUAAGUUUUUUCUUAUUUGUAUUAUUAAUGUACUAUGUAAAUUAAAUUAAUUAUUUAAAAAAAAAAUGUUAAACCGAUAUUUAUAUUUAUAUAAUAUUCUUUGUACUUUUUCAGGAAAUAGAAAGAAAAAAAUGUAAUUAUUCAUAGUGAAAUAUACUCUAUUGUAAUUUUUAUAUAAGAUUACUAUUUUAUAAUUUAAUUCGUAUAGAGUUUGAAACAUUGAAGUUUUAAUGAAAGUAAUUAAUUGGAUCUUCAGAAUUCUCAUAUUAUAUAUUAGUUAGACACAUUAUAGUAGUUUUUAAUCUAUGCUAUACUCUCUUCCAAAUAAGUCUGGAAAAAUUGUGCAGCCUCUGAACGGUAGAACCGCUGUGAUUGGCUGCAAUAGUCGGCCGCGCCAACUGCAGCUAAUGGGACUGCACAUGCUCAAACCACAACGCGUUUCCGUCGGGAUUUUUUCCAGACUUAUUUAGAAUAGUGUAUAGUAAAAUUGCAUGAAUCUUGCAUCACUUCUGUGAAAUUUGUCCGUUUUAGCAUUAAUGCACCAUCCUUGAAACUAGGUCCUUGUAUACAAUUAUAAUAUAUAGUAUAUAUCAAUAAUUAUGUCAAUUACCCAAUAAUUUGAAUUUUUGAUUUAAAAAUUACCAAUUGAUGAACAGACUAUACUCUAUUCAGAUUAAGCGCGGUGCCGAGCGGCUGAAUUGUGUUUGGUUCCAAAUGCCAAACCUGGUUGUGGUGGGACCAAUAGUAGCAUGAGACCUCUACUGGACGAAAACCUGUAACCACCUGGUACUGCUCUUAUCCUGAAUAGACUAUAGAGUAGAGUCGUAAUUGUGCGGCAUAAUUUUAAAUUUUUAUAACUUAUAAAUAGCUUGCGAAUUGUAUUCAUACAUAUAAUGUAAUAAAGGAACAUAUAUACUGGA